AGGAGCUCCUUGGUCUUAAGAGAUUAAAGAGUUCUUUAGGUUACUCCAAGAUGUUAUAGAACCCGUCAAGAACCCUUGACACGCUCAAACACACAAGAAAAGACGCACGUUUACUUUCUCUUGUGUACACAUGAUGGAUCAGACAGACGAGAAGGGAUGAAGAAACCGCUAGGACUCAGGGCGUCGCCAUUCCGCCUUCUGACGCGACGCAGUAUCUUCACAUGGGUCGGCAUCCUCAGCACCAUCGCCAUCAUUUACUUUCUGUUCCAGUUUCUAUCUGCGGAUAUCCUGAGCCAAGAGGUUGCAAAGAAGGCCAAGUCCAAGUUGCAAGAAGGGUUGAGUAUCAGGAAGGACAUAUUGUAUGAAGGUGACCUGAAAGCUCACAAGGAAAAACACCAUGAUGUAAAACUCAGCCCAACAGUAGUGUCCCGCCUUGUAACCAAGCUGAACUUAACAGAUGCCAUCCCGACAAAAUACGCAGACUUUUUGAGGGGAGCGGGCCCGUUAGAGGCGAAGAUGUUGCUUGCGGGUAUGAAGGAGGGGUUCUUCAGUUGUUACGGAACAAAGGAACGGAUGAACGUGACGAGGCUCAACGAUGACUACUGUGACUGUCCUGACAAUGGUGUAGACGAGCCGGGGACAAACGCCUGUCCAAAAGGAAGAUUUUUCUGCAGGACCGAUGGGAGAUAUGUGCCGUCCAGCAGGGUGAAUGAUGGGAUAUGUGACUGCUGUGAUGGCGCUGACGAAUGGGCGCGGGGUGAGCUGUCAGAAGAUGUCAAACUUUCAGAUCCAGUGGGUCAACAGCUACAUCAGGUCCCUUGUCUCAAUUUUUGUAAGUCUUAAAAAAAAAAAUGGGCCGCUCUAUGAAAAUUAAAAUCCUGAAUGGUGAGAGGAUUGGAAGGAACGCUGCAAUAUCUUAAGUUGUCAUAACUUUACAACUCUUUCAUCAGUAGUAAAUGUUCGUACUGCUAAUGUUAUCUAAUUGCAAGAGUUGGUGAAAUACAUAAUUAUGAUGUAUUAUGAUGAUGAUAUAAGUUGAAAGAUUUCUUUGCAAUAAUAGGCUUCUGAAGAUAAGGAUAUUUUUUGGCGAUUUACGUAGUUUUAUAUAUGAAACUAUAUGGAAGGCAUAUCACUUCACCAUUGGUUGAAAAAUAUGUACAGUUAGUUAAAUAUUGGUUCUGUGGAAAGAAAAGAAAGUACAGGUUGGCACAGUCUUACUGUUUAAUAUUUGCUUCUCAAAUGGUACAUUGCAAAAAUAGCUCAGCUGAUAAGACUGUCUGCACAGUCCUAGAUAAAAGCAAGUACUAGUAAUAAGGUUUUACCUAUGAGCCCACAAGCAAUAAUGACAAUGAAAUCACUAGUUUGAGAUUUUCUAUCAAACUUGUUGCAUUUUGAAUGCUUGUAGUAUAGUUUAAACUACAAUUUUGUUAGAUAUUUUCCAUAUAAAUGCAGUCGUAUUCUGCAUUGCAAAUUUUGUUAACUUACUUUCCAACUUGGUGAGACUACUGUGCCAAUCCCAAAGCAAUCUCUAGAGCAAAGCCUUUAUCAAAAACUAACUAUGUGCAUGAACUACAUGCCAAUAAUAGAUACUUUUGAAGUCGUCUUUGUUUCCUUGCAAAAAUAAGAAUAGCUGAAUCAUAAGUGAUUACAAGACUUAGUGUAUUACCCACAAAAAACAAACAACGAUAUUGUGAUUUAUUAAGCAAUAAUAAAGUAUUCAAUUCAA